AAUGGUGAAACGUGAACAUUCGCUUCCCCACCGGAAGAGCUGACGCGUUUUUCCCAACCUCAUAAAUGGGAGAGGUUUCGGGAAAGGAAGGAUCAGAGAUGGCACGGAACGAUGGAGCCGAUGGCACCUGCGAGAACUGGGAGCUCACCAAGGACACGCUGCUGGAGGACCAAACCCCGAGAAAAGCAAACAAAAGAGAAGUGCUGUCGCUCCUGACCUCGUCCCCGCAAAGAGCCGUUGUGCUGCUGGCCCUGCUGCUGACCCUCAGCUUUGUGUUCCUCAUGGCUCUUACCAUUGCGAACAUCCAGAGAGUGUCUGCGUUGCGGGAAGAACUGGAGCGAGCGCAGCUGCAGGACAAGCAGAGCCACGCCACGGCCUGGCACAACCUCUCGCAGGUCCAGCACGCCCUCGAUACGCAGCUCUUGGCCAAGCUCCAGGCGAUUCACAGCCGCCUCCUGAACGAGAUGUUCUGCACCAGGUGCCCCGCCGGCUGGCAGCAGUUUGCCAAAACCUGCUAUUAUUUCUCCACCGAAAAGAAGUCGUGGGUCGAGGCUAGAGCCGCCUGCUCCAUGCUGGGAGCUCAGCUGGCCAUCGUCGACAGCGAGAUGGAGAAUAAAUUCCUGGCCAACCACAUCAUGGAGAUCCGGGUGUUCUGGCUGGGGCUGAGCGACAUGCACCGAGAAGGCGACUGGCAGUGGCUGGAUGGCCGAGCCCUCUCUCUCUCGUUCUGGAGGAGCGGGGAACCCAACAACGUGGGCCAGCACGGCGAGGACUGUGCCACCGUGUCCUCCAGCGGGCUCUGGAACGACGCCACCUGCACCAACCCCGAGGCCUGGAUCUGCGAGCGCAGCUGCUAGGGGGAAAAAGAGUAAGAAAAGGAAAGAGAACGCGCACCUAAAAACAUUUAAAAAAAAAAAAGGGGGGGGGGAAAAAGGGGAAAAAAAACAGAGACAAAGAGGAAAAACCGAGCGCGGGAUGGAGGAGGAGGAGGCGGCGCCGGCGGGUGAAGGGCGACGCGCGGCGAUGGCCGUGGAGGAGGUGCAGGAGUGGGAGCUGGAGGCUGUGAUGGAAACGGGAGGAAAAAUGGACAAGGAAUCGUCCAAGGGAAGCAGGAACGUGGGGGAUUUGGACCCUGAUGGGGUUCGCUGUGGGAAAAGAAGGGGUCAGCGUGGGAAGAGAGGCUGGGAUCGGGGCGCAGCGGGCGGGGGUGGCGGCGAGGGGAGGAUGCUGAGACGUCGGGGCUGUUUGUUUGUUUGUCUGUCCCCGCUUUGGGACCUGCUUUCCCACCGCUCCACGCGCCGUCCCUCGCAAUAAAAUCUCCGGAUCUCAUUUUUUUGACCCAAA